CUCGUCAAGAGCAAGAGAACAUAGUCUCUUCUUGCUUUUGAGAAAAAAAUAAUUUUUAUGUAGGAAAGGGUUAAUUUAUCAAUAAAAAUAUAUAAAAAGAAGUAGAAAAGAGAUAAUGCAGGGUGGUAAGCUUUUAACGGUGUUUGUGUGCCUUGUCUCGACGGUGGCGCUGGUGAACGCCGGCGAUCCUUACUUCUACUACACGUGGAACGUGACGUACGGAACCGCCUCGCCUCUCGGAAUCCCUCAACAAGUGAUUCUCAUCAACGGACAGUUCCCAGGUCCUAACCUAAACUCUACAUCUAACAACAAUGUCGUCAUCAAUGUCUUUAACAACCUUGACGAGCCUUUCCUCUUGACCUGGAGUGGUCUCCAGCACAGGAAGAACUCAUGGCAAGAUGGUGUGACUGGGACCUCAUGCCCAAUCCCAGCAGGCACCAACUACACUUACCACUUCCAGCCAAAGGACCAGAUCGGUAGUUACUUCUACUACCCAUCCACCGCUCUCCACCGUUUCUCCGGUGGUUUCGGUGGCCUCCGCGUCAACAGCCGUCUCCUCAUCCCCGUCCCUUACGCUGACCCCGAAGACGACUACACCGUCCUCAUCAACGACUGGUACACCAAGAGCCACACCGCUCUCAAGAACUUCCUCGACAGUGGCCGUACUCUUGGCUCCCCUGACGGCGUUCUCAUCAACGGUAAGUCCGGCAAAGUCGGAGGACAGGACAAGCCACUCUUCACCAUGAAGCCAGGAAAGACAUACAAGUACAGAAUCUGUAACGUUGGAUUCAAAUCCACUCUUAACUUCAGGAUCCAAGGACACAAGAUGAAGCUUGUUGAGAUGGAAGGCUCCCACGUUCUCCAAAACGACUACGACUCACUAGACGUCCACGUCGGACAGUGCUUUGCUGUUCUUGUCACCGCUGACCAAGCGGCUAAGAACUACUACAUGGUUGCAUCCACUAGGUUCCUCAAGAAGGAAGUGAGCACUGUUGGUGUGAUGAGCUACGAAGGUAGCACUGUUCAGCCUUCGAGUGAACUCCCCAAGGCUCCAGUGGGCUGGGCUUGGUCUCUUAACCAGUACAGAUCCUUCAGGUGGAACUUAACCGCAAGCGCGGCUAGACCUAACCCUCAAGGAUCUUACCAUUAUGGAAAGAUCAACAUCACACGUACCAUCAAGCUAGCUAACACCAAGAGUGUGGUGAACGGAAAGGUUAGGUUCGGGUUCAACGGUGUAUCACACGUUGAUACCGAGACUCCCUUGAAGCUUGCUGAGUACUUUGAGAUGUCUGAGAAGGUCUUCAAAUACAAUGUCAUCAAGGACGAACCAGCAGCCAAGGUCACAACACUAACUGUUGAGCCUAAUGUCCUAAACAUCACUUUCCGUACCUUUGUCGAAAUCGUCUUCGAGAACCACGAGAAGAGCAUGCAGUCCUUCCAUUUGGAUGGUUACUCCUUCUUCGCCGUCGCUUCGGAGCCAGGAAGAUGGACACCAGAGAAGAGAAAGAACUACAACUUGCUCGAUGCGGUCAGCAGACACACCGUGCAAGUGUACCCUAACUCGUGGUCAGCUAUCCUCUUGACAUUCGACAACGCCGGUAUGUGGAACAUCAGAUCAGAGAACUGGGAGAGAAGAUACUUGGGACAGCAACUGUACGUCAGUGUUCUUUCACCUGAAAAAUCUCUAAGAGACGAGUACAACAUCCCACUUAACACCAACCUUUGCGGCAUCGUCAAGGGCUUGCCCUUACCUACACCCUACACUAUUUAAUUAAACUCACUUUCACAAAGUUUUAUGUAUUUAUAAUUGAAUAUGUAAAAUUAUAUACAUUCCACAAGUGAGUGUAUUAUGUUACUAAUUAACCCUUUCCUAAUUUCAUUAAACAUAUACUAUUACUAUAACUACAGAUCCAAUUGUUGUUUCACUAAUAUAAUCUAACA